CGUUUGUCUGGCUACUAUUUUCAUACUCGACUCGGGAGAGGACUCUUCGCCGUUGCCGCCUCCGUCGCUGCUAGAGUUCGUUCAGGCUCUCUACUCCAAGAAUGGAUUCCCAAAUCAAGCACGCUGUGGUGGUGAAGGUUGUGGGUCGUACCGGAUCAAGAGGGCAGGUGACUCAAGUGAGAGUGAGGUUUACUGAUGACCCAAACCGAUUCAUCAUGAGGAAUGUGAAAGGGCCAGUGAGGGAGGGUGAUGUCCUCACCUUGCUUGAGUCUGAGAGAGAAGCAAGGAGACUUCGUUGAUGCCUCUAUGUUUGCUGUUUGUCAGCAUGUAGUGCCUUGAGUUAAUGUUAUUUUUAAGUUUCGUUUUCUUCCCCAGUGAUUGUGACCUGAAAGUUUUGAGUGCCUAUAAAUUGUGCUGUGUUGGAUGAUUUAAACCUUUUGUUUAGGCAAAGGACUAAAUUGGUGGUAUUUUAACUUGUUUAUUAUUUCCUUGUGAACUAAAUUGUGGUAUUUUGU